CAUGGCGGGCAAAUUCCUUCUGUCACAAUCCCCUUCAUUACUUGCUCAGAAGGUUCAGUUCGUUGGGUGCUGGUGGAAAUGCCUGAGCGGAGAAGGCGCCAGAUUCGCGGUUCACAAAGCUCACCUGAGAGGGAGAAGCUGGGCGACGAUGCCCUGGUGGCCCGCGCCAGGGCCGAGACAGGGGUCGCCAUGGCGGGGGCGCCCUCUUCUCCUGCGUCUAAGUCCAGGCCUGCAGCUCAGAGUGCGUUGGAGGCCUCGCUGAGACGUCUGGCUGAGGUUGGUGUGACCUUUGCAGACAUUGCCCUGUACUUCUCCAGGGAAGAAUGGCAUCUCCUUGAUGAAGCUCAGAGACGCCUGUACCUGGAUGUGAUGCUGGAGAACUUUGAGCUUAUAUCUUCCCUAGGUGCAGUUCCCUGGGUGCUGGUGGAGAUGCCCGGGCGGGGAAGGCGCCAGAGUCGCGGUCCACAGAGAUCAUCCGAGAGGAAGAAGGUGGACGACAUUGCCUGGGUGACCCGCGCCAGGGCUGAGACAGCUGUCGCCAUGACGGAGGCGGUCGCCUCUCCCACGCCUACCUCCCAGUCUCGAGCUCAGAGUGUGUUGGCGGCCUCGCGGAGACGCCCGGCUGAGGUUGGUGUGACCUUUGCGGACAUUGCCCUGUACUUCUCCAGGGAAGAAUGGCGUCUUCUUGAUGAAGCUCAGAGACAGCUGUACCUGGAUGUGAUGCUGGAGAACUUUGAACUUAUAUCUUCACUGGGUUGCUGCUGUGGAACAGAGGACGUGGAAGAACUGAUUGAACAAAACAUUUCUGUAAGAGUGGUAGAGGAAGAGAAUCCCAAGGUGGCUUUGUCUUCCCAGAAGAGCCACCCAUGUGAGAGUUGUGGGCCAGUGCUGAGAUACAUUUUCCAUGUGACUGAAGAGCAGGAAACACACCACAGCCAGAAAUCAUUACAGUGUGGGCCAUGUGCAAAACGAUUUUGCUUCAGUACAAAGUGUCACCAGCAGCAAGAGCACCAUGUGAAAGAGAAGCCUUUCAGAAGAGGUGGGGACAGGAUCCUACUUGCAGAGGGCUGCAAUGGCAGUAUGUCCCAGAAGCUUUUUACCUGUGGGAAGGUUGGACAGGACAUCCUUACCAAGUCAGAACAUCUCCAAGAGGGUACUCACACCAGGGUCAGGCCAAAUAAAAUCUCACCAUCUGGAGAUAGUAUUCAAAGCAGAGAAAAUCAUUUCACCCUGAGUGAAUCUAAAACAGCCAUUGGCUGGAACCAUACCUAUGUUCAAAAGAAGAGUGUCCAUACUGGAAAACAGUGUUUUGUGUGCCAUGAUGGUGGAAAAAAUGUCUUCAGAAUUUCUAGCUUUUGUUAUUGUCAGAGAGUUCCCAGUGGAGAAAAGCCCCAUCAGUGCAGUGAAUGUGGGAAAUCUUUUAAAAAAUUGUCUCAACUUCGUUGUCAUCAGACAGUUCACACUGGAGAAAGGCCCUAUCAGUGCAGUGUAUGUGGGAAGACUUUCAAAACAAGAAGUAGCCUUUAUUUGCAUGAGAAAAUUCACACUGGAGAAAGGUCUUAUAAAUGUAGUGAAUGUGGGAAAUCUUUCACCGAUAGCACUCGCUUCCAUUGUCAUCAGAGAGUUCACACAGGGGAGAGGCCUUAUGUGUGCAGUGAAUGUGGGAAAUCUUUUACCAGGAGCGAUAUCCUUCUCUCUCAUCAGAGACUUCACACUGGAGAAAGGCCUUAUGAGUGCAGUGAAUGUGGGAAAUCUUUUUUCCGAAAGAAUUCACUUCAUUGUCAUCAGAGGGUUCACACUGGAGAAAGGCCUUAUCAAUGCAGUGAAUGUGGUAAAUCCUAUCGCAGUAAACCUGGUCUUCACUCUCAUCAGAGUUUUCACACAGGAGAACGGCCUUUUGAGUGUAGUGAAUGUGGGAAAUCUUUCUUCCGAAAGAAUGCACUUCGUUGUCAUCAAAGACUUCACACUGGAGAAAGAUCUUAUGAAUGCAGUGAGUGUGGAAAAUCUUUCACGAAAGGCACUCACUUCCAUUAUCAUCAAAGAGUUCACACAGGGGAAAGGCCUUAUGCGUGCAGCGAAUGUGGGAAAUCUUUUACCAGAAGUGAUCACCUUCUUUCUCAUCAGAGAGUUCACUCUGGGGAAACACCUUAUGAAUGCAGUGAAUGUGGGAAAUCUUAUCAGAGUAAAACUGGACUUCUCUCUCAUAAGAGUCUUCACACUGGAGAAAGGCCUUAUGAGUGUGGUGAAUGUGGGAAAUCUUUCUUCCGAAAGAAUGCACUUCUUUGUCAUCAGAGAGUUCAUACUGGAGAAAGGCCUUAUGAGUGUAGUGAAUGUGGGAAAUCCUUUUAUCAAAAGAGUGCACUUCGUUGUCAUCAGAGACUUCACACUGGAGAAAGGCCUUAUGAGUGCAGUGAAUGUGGGAAAUCUUUCUUCCGAAAGAAUGAACUUCGUUGUCAUCAGAAUAUUCAUACAGGAGAAAAGCCUUAUGUGUGUAGUGAAUGUGGUAAAUCUUACCACAGUAAAACUGGCCUUCGUUGUCAUCAGAGUUUUCACACAGGAGAAAGGCCUUAUGAGUGCAGUAAAUGUGGGAAAUCUUACCGAAGUCGUGCUGGCUUACAAUAUCAUCAGAAUAUGCACACAGAAUAAAAGCCUUAUGAUUGCAGUGAAUGUGGGAAAUCUUAUCACAGUAAAACUGUCCUUCAUUGUCAUCAGAGUUUUCAUUCAGGAAAAAGGCCUUAUGAGUGUAGUGAAUGUGGGAAAUUUUAUCACAGUAAAACUGGCCUUCAUUAUCAUCAGAAUCUUCACACAGGAGAAAAACCUUUGUAUGUGGUGAGUGUGGGAAAUCUUACCACAGUAGCUCUAGCCUACAUUAUCAUCAGAAAUUUCACACAGGAGAAAAGCCUUAUGAGUACAGCAAAUGUGGGAAAAUCUUAUCGCAGUAAAAUUAGCCUGCGCUAUCAUGAGAGAUUUCACACAGGAGAAAGGCCUUGUUAGUACAGUGAAUGUGCAGAAGGUCUUAGAUGUUGGGACAUGUUCAGGAUUUUACUUUCAUGGUAACAGUAACAGGGAAUUCUGUGAAGCCUUGUCUGAAUGAAAUCUCAUACAGCCAAGCACUAACAGUAAGGAGGUUCCCGUGAUAACCUUUCAUAUGUGAAGCGUGUGUGUCCAUGUUGCACUUUCUUGAUUUACCCACAUAGUUUGCCAGAUCCUCAUCACUGCAUAUUUCUGUUGAAGGUAUAUCCUGUGUACUGCCUAUAAUGUUCCAAGAGAUUCCAUGAGUCAUCAUGGUUGAUGUGGCCAGAAAAGGUAACUGUUGUGUGAUUUGUUGGAGAAAAUUAAGAGUAGCCUAGGUUUUUCAUUCUCUUUUCCUUGUACUCUCACUACUUGGUGCAGUGACCUGACUCAAUUUUGGCCCAGAAAACAUCAUCUGAAUUCAGAUGUCAGCUUGUAGGAGGACUGCAUUUUUGUGGGACAUGCUCAUUUUUCCAUAACCAGAGAUCGUUUUUGAGUGUGCAGAUCACCAAUGCCAGAAUUGCCAAGCUGAUCUCCUUUGACUUGGUAAAAUAAUGGAGGACUUUUUCCCAAGUCUCCUUUAGUGUUGGGUGCUCUACUUAUUGUGUGGGGUAGUUUACAAAGAGUUUUGGGCCCCACAAGCAUCAAGAUGUGAAGAACUUUUAUGUGUGUCUCAACUUUGUCUGCCUCCAUGGGGACAGUUUGGUGCAGAAAUCAACUCAGUGAUUUUGCCAGACUUGCAUUCUUGCUCAUGUGUUCCCAGGCAAGACUGUGCACUUUGUAGUUCAUAUGGGAAGCCUCAAUGCUGUGAGGUUUGGAAGACAUGGAGAUCACCGCAAGGAAUGGAUAGCUGUGAUAACCUCAAUAUGUCUGGGAGCAGCAUGAAUUUUAUUCUUGUAAUGGAUGGCAAUAGUAUUGCAGGGAAUCUCUGGCCUGGGCCUUGCAAAGUGUCAUAUGUCAAAAUGUUUCCAAUUCCAUGGUGGAUGGUCAAGUGGUAGCACCAUAGCGGCGAAGGAAACUGAUUGCAAGACUUCUAUGUCAGGUACUGGAGGAGACUGAGGCAACUAGACAGAAUAUGCAUUUUCUCAGCAUGCAUCCAGAAACGUUUCUGAGACUACAGGAUCAGUGGUACACAAAAGGCAGGAUCUUCAGAAAUAUUUAUCUCUGUUGAUUCAGUCAUUGUCACUGAAUAUAAUCAAAAGGUUUUGUGGCCCUGGCCAGAUUGCUUAGUUGAUUAGAGUAUCAUCCUGACAUGUCAAGGUUCUGAUUUCAAUUCUUGGUUAGGACACAUACAAGAAGCAAGAAAUGAAUUCACAUGUAGUAGAACUACAAAUCCAGAUUUUUCUCUCCUACCCUCCCACCUCUUUUCUCCCUCUUCUUCUCUGUCCCCCACUUUCAGUUUCUCUCUAAAAUGAAUAAAAAUUUUAAAAACGUUUUUGGAUUUCUGUCAUGUCCAAGAUGUCCAUGUCAGAGCCACUGGUACCCUGGUAGAAAGAAAAGUGAAGAAAAAGUGAAUCUAUUUUCAGGGGUGUAGCUAUUUUGACCCAGCCAGCAGUGUUGUUGCUUUCAGUGAGUUUUUUAUUUUUUGCUUUAUAUGCUGUUAGGGAACGUGCCAAUAAGAGCACAUGAGAACAUGGAUUGAAUGUAGAGUUGUUAGCCCUAUUUUCAAAAUGAGAUGCAUGUACACAUUUAAAAAAUUUUGAUCCACUUUUGAAAUGUUACAAUUAGUAAACAUCAUAUUUCAAGUAUAAUGGUUGAUCAGUCUUCACUUAUACAUGACAUUCAAACCAUCACCAUUGUCAUAGUACUGACCAUUACUGUCUCUGGGAAUUUACCUCAUGGCCAUUUUAAUCUCUCCUACCCCUCACAGCUCUGGAAGUAAACAAUCAUUCCAUUCCAUUCUAAUAGAUAGCUAUGCAGUUUCUUCAUUUUAGAUGACGUGACUAACAUUCUACUACCUUAUACAUUGCAUAUAUAUUUGGAGAUUUAUUAAUGGUAUAUUAGUGAUUCAUCUCUUUUUGCUGAGAAUUAAUUAUUUUUUACUGUAUAUUUUUUAUUAUGCUAUUAUAGAUGUACUAUUUUUUUCUCCCUUUUCUCCCCCUCUGCCCUGUACCCAAAUCUCCUCAGCAUUCCCUCUCCCCCUUAGAUCAUGUCCAUGAGUCAUACAUAUAAGUUCUUUGUCUUCUCCAUUUGCUGUACUAUUUUUAGCCCCCCUCUGUCUAUUUUGUACUUAACAUUUAUGCUUCUUAUUCCCUGUACCUUUUCCC